AUGUCAUUAUAUGGAGAUUUACCACCACCUACUCACACUUCUGAAAAAGAAGAAACAACAGAACAACAAUCAACUUUAGAAACCACGCUACAAAAUGAUAAAACAACAACCAAACCAAGUAAAAAACCUGCUCUUCCAGCGGGUUGGACUCCUCGAUUUGUUCCUAUAAUUCAACGGAAACCUGUUAUUCAAGCUAAACCAAAACUUAGGAAAUUAGGAAAAGGCACGAAAAAACAAUUGCCACCACCGUUAUCUUUAGAUGAUGAUUAUGAUCCUACAAGACCUAAUGAUUAUGAAGAAUAUAAGGAGAUGGAAAAAAAAUCUAAAGAAAAUGAAACAGUCCAUCAUCGUCAGGAUAAUUUUAAAAAAAGACAAAGAUCAAUAAGUCCUUCUUCCGAUCAUAGAAGAAGAUCAUCCCCUUAUUCUUAUCCACCUCCAUCAAAGCCGUUGUAUUCAUCACCAUCACCACCACAAUCGUCUUCCUCUAAGAAUAAAGCAUUUUUAAGAAGAGCAAAAUUAAGUAACUCUGCUGCUGUUGUUAAUGAGUCAGCUUCAAAAUCACCUGAAAUAAAGCCUACAAAUACAUCUGGUUCUGGCGAGCAUUUUGCCCAUAGAUUACUUGCAAAAUAUGGUUGGCAGGAAGGACAAGGUCUUGGAAAGAAUGAACAAGGAAUUAAUGUUCCAUUGAUGGUGAAAAAAACUGAUGUUCGAUCAGGAAUUAUAAUCAACAAUUCAUCAAAUAUUAACAAUCCUGUUCAAGUAGGCAAUGAACUUAUCCAGAAGGCAAUCCAAAAUAUAGAGACACCUUCGAGAGUUAUUUUACUUAGAAACAUGGUUGGUCCUGGUCAAGUUGAUGAUACAUUGCAAGAAGAAACAGCAGAUGAAUGUAAUGAAAAAUAUGGGACAGUUGAACGUUGUCUUAUAUUUGAGGUUCCUAAUGGUAAAUUACCUGAUAAUCAGGCCGUAAGAAUAUUUGUAAAAUUUGUUGAUAUAGAAGCAGCAAUUAAAGCCAAAAAAGAUUUGAAUGGCAGAUUUUUUGGUGGUCGAUCAGUUUCUGCGAAAUAUUUUGAUGAAGCAAGAUUUGAUAAAUUAGAUCUUGCUCCCACUCCAGCAGAAUUAGAUAAUUGGUGA